CAGAACCACGAGAUGACAUUACAAGCUUUUUUAUUCGUGCUGGCGACGACGGCGGUCACGGCUAGGCCCUCGUUUUACGAAGGCCAUGGUCUGGGGCCAGAUGAGUCCAAGCUCAUCUCACAGUCGGUACAUCUGCACGAAGUGCCGACCAAGGUUAUCAAGGUCACCAAGACAGUAGCUAUCAAGGUCCCCGUACCGUAUCCCGUUAAGGUGCCCCAUCAUAUUCCGUUUCCAGUGCCUGUGAAACAUCCUGUGGCAAUUCCGGUGCCGCAAAUAGUGAAAGUACCACAACAUGUGCCGGUAACGGUGGAGAAGCCGUUUCCGGUGGAGCUGCAUCAGCAGGUGCCGUUCCUGAUAUCUAAACCGGUGCCUAUACCACAUCCGGUUCCAGUGCCGCAUCCGGUUGCAUUGACCAAGCCAGUCUUCAUCUCGGUACCGAAGAUAAUCACGAUCCCGCAAUCAAAUCACAACGAAGGUGCCGUUGAAACUGAUGCUGGAAAUGGUCAUGCCGAUCAUGAGACGAUCAACUAUAACUCUUAUGCCGUCAACGUUCAAGAUCAUGGAACGGCCGACGAUCAGCAAAACGGCAAUCAAGCCCAUUUUCAGCCUUCCCAGCACGAUUACUCGGCGAAUCAUUAACUUUCGAAAUGCGACAGGUCGGCCGAUUAUGGCGGUGUAGGUCUCUGUUGAAAGGAAAAGUACAUACAUCAAGAAGUAAAUCAUUGGAUAUGAUAUGCGUGAGCUAAUCAUUUUGAAAGUGAUUUAAGCCAGAUGUGUUAAAAGAGUUUAAGUAGAAGAACAAAGAAUUCGAGUACUAAAUGA